UGGCCCAAAAAAUAAUUAAUAUUCCCCGUCAAUCAAACACGUCCGAUCCUUACAUAACCGUGCCCAUGUUUUACCCUUCUAGAUACGUUGGCUUGUUUAUGGUGUUAUGGGUUCUGAUAUCUGCUGCGUGCGCCUGGGGACGACCCGCCACUUUUCUGCAAGACUUUCGAAUCACAUGGUCUGAUUCCCAUAUCAGGCAAAUCGAUCGCGGCAGGGCCAUCCAGCUCAUUCUAGACCAAAACGCCGGAUGUGGGUUCGCUUCUAAGAAGCAAUAUAUGUUUGGUCGUGUUAGCAUGAAGAUGAAGCUCAUCCCCGGAGACUCGGCCGGGACUGUCACUGCCUUCUAUAUGAACUCGGAUACGGACUCAGUUCGGGACGAACUGGAUUUCGAAUUCCUGGGGAACCGUAGUGGGCAGCCCUACACAGUUCAAACAAAUGUCUAUGCCCACGGAAAGGGUGAUAGAGAACAGCGCGUCAACCUCUGGUUUGAUCCUUCUGCUGACUUCCACUCCUACGCCAUCAUCUGGAAUCAUCACCAUAUUGUUUUCUACGUGGACGAUGUUCCCAUCAGGGUGUACAAGAACAACGAAGCGAGGGGAAUCCCGUACCCCAGGAUGCAACCCAUGGGAGUGUAUUCUACGUUGUGGGAGGCGGAUGAUUGGGCGACCAGAGGAGGGCUAGAGAAAAUUGAUUGGAGCAAAGCACCGUUUUACGCUUAUUACAAAGAUUUCGACAUAGAAGGAUGUCCGGUACCAGGACCUCCGGGCUGUGCCUCGGACCCGAGAAACUGGUGGGAAGGGGGGGCCUACCAAGCUCUGAAUGCCGUAGAAGCCAAAAGGUACAGGUGGGUUCGUGUAAACCACAUGAUCUAUGAUUACUGUCAAGAUAAAUCACGCUUCCCUGUAACCCCACCGGAGUGCCUCGCCGGCAUCUGAAGUCAGCAUUCCAUCGAAACCGAGCGGUCACGACGUGACGCGCGUACGUAUAAAUUAUGGGGGGAUGACCGAGGGUAUAUGAUUUGAUCUAUGUUACUUGUGUUCGUACUCGUGGGACGAUGCCUAGGUCGAGACUAGCCGCCUAGCAGAGGACCCGACUCAAGACGCACUUCUUGCUGCCGGGUCUAUGUCCCCGUGUCUAAGUGCGCAUUAUUAUUGUGGUUGAAGAUUGAAGGAUAUAGUUUUGUUAUGUCACAAUUGCAACUUUCAAAAUUAGAAUGAGGAUGUAUAAGAUCAAUUUCUAGCUAAGCCUGUAUGUAUAUAUAUAUAUAUAUAUAUCAGAGUACGUAGCAUUAGGUUGGGUGCUGUUAUGUCAUCAAGGUGACUCGCAUAUGGUCCCUGGAGUAUAGCCAUAAAGGUGAACGUGACGAUUAAGAAGGCGCGAGAGCCCUCAUCUAUACCUGGUCCCGCAGCAGGUUCAAUGGUUUGUAAGUUCCGGCAAUGGGUUUUUAUAUGAACGUGGGAGAUGACUAAAACUCUUGACAGUCUUAUUUAACGUGUAAAAACUACGCACUAAUCAAGACGCCUGGCGCAGUAAACGAAAGGAAGAAACAUCACAAAUUUAUGAAAUUAAUUAAUUAUUUAAAAAUCAA